AUGGGACCGAGUCGACUGCGUGUAAUUCCACCUCGCCCUCUUGACGAUGUAGAUACCGGCAUUACUACCGAAGAUACCGACUCCCAACGCUCUCUACACCGCAAAACUCAGCCACCGCCAGAAGGUAACAAUCCUCUGGCAUCCGGAAAUUCUCACCACGACGCUCCCGAUGAGUAUGACGACACUGAAAGCGUAGAUACCGUUAUUUAUGAUGGUGAUUCUACUCAAGAUCGCUCACUUGCCGGCGCGUCGGUAAAUCGCCGGCGUCGGGGUAUUUCCGACGAUAGCGAUGAAGAAGAUGAUGGCGACCAUGACCCGGCGGAAUCCUCUAGUGAGAAGCCAGUAACAUGGCGCUCAUUGCCGAAAAAGGGCCAGCUUGCCAUCCUGACCUUUGCACGUCUGUCGGAGCCAUUGGCCCAGACGUCUUUGCAGGCAUAUCUGUUCUACCAGCUUCGAUCUUUUGAUCCCUCGCUUCCCGACUCAACUAUCUCGGCACAAGCAGGCGUCUUGCAAGGUAGCUUUACCGCUGCGCAAUUUGUGACUGCCGUUUGGUGGGGUCGACUGGCAGAUACUGAGUGGAUGGGCAGGAAACGGGUUCUCAUCAUUGGGCUGUUGGGAACAUGUAUCUCGUCCCUCGGGUUCGGAUUUUCGAGAUCGUUUGCUUCCGCGGUGGUGUUCCGAAUUCUAGGCGGUAUUCUGAAUAGCAAUGUCGGAGUGAUGAGGACGAUGAUUGCCGAGAUUAUUCACGAGAAGAAGUUUCAGUCUCGGGCGUUUCUUCUGCUACCGAUGUGUUUUAACAUCGGGGUUAUCAUCGGGCCUGUAUUAGGAGGCAUGCUGGCUGAUCCUGUGAGGAACUAUCCGAAUCUGUUCGGACCUGGAUCGUUGUUAGGAGGCAAAGAUGGUGUGGGUUGGAUGAUGCAUUGGCCAUAUGCACUACCGAACCUGCUCAGUGCCGCAUUCAUUCUCGCUUCUUUAUUGGCUGUAAUCCUCGGAUUAGACGAGACCCAUGAGGUUACUCGGCACCGAAGCGAUUGGGGCCGGAAGUUAGGCAAAAGACUUGCCAAUACUUUCUCCCGCCGUCGGAUCCCGCAGUAUUAUCGUCCCCUUAUCAGUCACGAGGACGAUGAAUCGCUAUACAUUGAUGGAAGCGUAGCCAACAGAUCAGCGCCCCCCAGCCCAGCUCGCUCGCGCGUUCGACCUCGUGGUGAUCGUCCCAGCUUUCGUCAGAUUUGGACACCCAAUGUGUUGCUUACUUUGCUGGUGCAUUUCUUAUUAGCAUUCCACACCAGCGCCUGCAACUCUAUGACUUUCGUGUUCUUGCCUGCCCCGCGGGCUCCAGAAGGUAGCCGAGACGGUCUCUUCCACUUCGGCGGUGGUCUGGGAUUGCCAUCCUCUCGAGUUGGUCUUGCUACUGCUAUUAUUGGGUUCAUCGGCCUCCCGCUGCAGAUCUUCAUCUAUCCUCGAGUUCAGUCCCGUCUGGGGACCUUGACUUCUUUCCGCACGUUCCUGCCAUUCUCACCUUUAGCCUAUGCGCUCAUGCCGUUUAUCGUCCUGAUACCACGAUACCCGUGGCUGGUUUGGCCUGCAUUUACGGUUGUUCGUUACGGACCCGCGCGUCUAGGAACCGUCCAUGGCGUGGCGCAGAGCAUCGCAAGCGGCGCGCGCACACUUGGCCCUUUGAUUGGAGGAUGGGGCUUAGGACUGGGACUCAAGUACAACAUGGUGGGCGGCAUAUGGUGGGCCCUGGCGGUGGAGGCCAUAGUAGGCUGGUUCUUGCUUUGGUCGAUUUACGAGGAUAAUGGGAUUGAGCAGAAGAAGGAUCAAACCGAAGAAGAGGACACCUAG